AUGCUGGGUCUACGAAGUUGCGCCAGCGCAGCUGCCGUGCUGGCUGCUCUUCCCCAUGUGCUCGCUAUUACUCCAGAGCAAAUGCUCGCGGCUCCUCGACGGAGUGAAGCAAUACCGAAUCGUUCAGGAACUCUGGCAGCCUUCACUUCAACCAGCUACUCCUUCGACACGCACAAUACAUCCACUUCUUGGAACUUGCUGGAUCUGAAUACGGGCGAUAUCAGCCUGCUAUACAAUGGUUCUGAGAUCUCUGAAAUGAUCUGGAUAGGACCAACCGACACCAGCGUUCUCUAUGUCAAUGGCACCAACCGCGAAGUUGACGGCGGCGUCGAGUUGUACAUGGUUGCGUCGAUUCCAGCGCCCUUGUCCGGACUGAAAGCUGCCGUGACACAGAGUGGUGCAAUCAACUUUCUGAUGAACGGCCAGCGGUAUCCAAAUGGUACAGCCUACAAUGAAGCUCUGGCAGAAACGCCUGCAAGCACAGCUCGGCUGUAUGACAGCAUAUAUGUUCGUCAUUGGGACCGUUGGCUCACACCAGAAACAUUCACUCUCUUUGCCGGCACACUAACUCCAGCUUCGGAUUCUUCAAACUCAUCCUCGGCAUGGAGCUUCUCAGGAGAGUUGCGGGAUCUCUUGGCUGGCAUCGAAGGACAAGCCGAAACGCCAGUGCAGCCAUUUGGAGAUAGUGGAGACUACGAUAUCACGCCGGACGGCUCCACAGUGGCCUUCCUAACCAAAGCGCCAGAGCUGCCGUACGCAAACUACACAGCCAGCUACAUUUUCCUCGUACCUCAUGACGGUUCAGCUGUCGCUGCUCCUUUCAAUUGCCACAAUUGUUCUGCAACGCCGGAAAACGCUAGAGGUGCUUCAGCUGCUCCAAGGUUCUCUCCCGAUGGCUCGAGCAUUGCCUAUUUCCAAAUGGACGGCGAAACUUACGAAUCAGACAAGAACAAAAUCUACAUUGCGCGGUUAGAUGAUAGCAUCACCGUCACAGAGCUGGCUGAUGACUGGGACCGAUCUCCUGACCAGCUCCGGUGGGCCCCAGAUGGCCAGUCACUAUUUGUGGCGGCUAAAGAUGUUGGCCGCGAACGAUUGUUCAGUCUGCCGAUAGAUGCCGGCGCAGACUAUGUGCCAACAAACUACUCUGACCCCGGGGUCAUCGCAGCAUUCCACAUCCUUCCCGACUCGUCAGCUCUCGUCUCUUCGUCAAGUAUCUACUCAUCGCGCGACUUCUACAUCGCCACCCCAGAAGAUAAGACCUGGCUCUUCACCUCCAACUCCACCGACCCCGAACUCUCCGGCCUAGGCCCCGAAGACGUCUCCGACUUCUGGUAUCAAGGAAACUUCACCACCGUCCACGGCUGGAUCGUCUAUCCAGAGAGCUUCACCGAUACAUCCACCUAUCCACUCGCCUUCCUCAUCCACGGUGGGCCCCAGUCCGCCUGGCUGAAUUCCUGGUCCACGAGAUGGAACCUGCGGACUUGGGCCGACCAAGGCUACGUUGUUGUGGCCAUCAACCCCACGGGAAGCACCUCGUACGGCCAAGCCUUCACCGACGCCAUUCAAAAUAAUUGGGGGAGUUACCCCUACGAUGACCUAGUUAAAGGCUGGGAACACAUCAACUCCUCUGAAGAAUUCCCCUACGUAGACACCGCCAACGGUAUUGCGGCCGGAGCAAGUUACGGCGGCUACAUGGUCAACUGGAUUCAGGGGCACGACCUCGGUCGAGAAUUCCAAGCCCUCGUUACACACGAUGGCGUGACAAGCACACUAAACCAAUACACAACGGAAGAACUAUGGUUCAUGCAGCAUGACUUUAACGGCACGUUGUGGGACAACCGAGACAACUACGAGCGAUACGAUCCGAUCAGAUAUGCGAGAAACUUCGCGACGCCACAUUUCGUGGUGCACGGUUCCAAGGACUAUCGAUUGCCCGUCAGCGAAGGCGUGUUCUUGUUCAAUGUCUUGCAGGAGCUGGGGGUGGAUAGCCGCUUCUUGAAUUUCCCGGACGAGGGCCAUUGGGUCCUGAACCGCGAGAACAGCCGAGUCUGGCAUCACGAGAUCUUCAGGUUCAUCAAUGCAUACUCGGGUGCCUCGGGGUCGACGUGA